UGCUGAUAUGGAUAGGCGCUGUGCUUUCAUAAAAUUAUUCAUAUUGAUAUUGAUGUUAACGAGUGAUGUGAAAGCGAGGUACAGAAAACCUAUGAUAAAUUAUCCUAAGGACACAUUAUUUUGGGCGACCGAUUUCUUCGUUAAGGGUUGCAAGAAUUUUAUACAAAAUUGUCCUGGGUCAUACAAAAAUCAAGAAAUAUGCGCGCGCAGUUACAACGGCGGUUAUAGAAAUUUUGCAAACUAUUGCGAAAUGCAAUAUGAAAACUGUAAUACAUGGAGAAAUUGGCGAGUUUUUAAAAGAAAUCGAUGCUAAUUUGAAAACUUAUAAAAUAUUGUUGAAGAUUUGGGAAUAAUUGUAUGCUCUAAUAUUUUAUUCAUAACAUUUCUAGGG